AAAUAUAUAUAUAUAUACACUAGAAAGAUAUCCGCUAUCGCCGGCAGCACUGAUAAUUUACAACAAAAUGCACAACCACCACCUUCAACCGCCGCCAACCACCAAUUCUACCGGCGGUGCCACCGGUAGUAACAACAGUAGCAUUUGCCGGAUCACUUUUUCGACACCCUUUAUCCUCCUUAUCACCACCAUAUUCUCACUUCUCCUUAUACUUUCCCUUUCCUUUUCCCCUUCUUCUACCUCUCUUCCUCCUCACCCUAAUCCUUCCCUUUUCCCCAAUUUCCAUAACUAUCUCAACUCCCCAUCAAACCCAAAUGACCAAAGUACCCUUCCAUCCACCCCACCCACCCCACCUUCAAUUGCAUAUCUCAUAUCUGGAUCCACUAAAGACUCUUCUAGAAUCCUUCGUUUGUUGUUUGCUGUGUAUCAUCCAAGAAAUCAGUAUUUACUUCAUCUUGAUAGAAAAGCUACUCAGAAGGAACGUGAUGAUUUAGCAGUUGCUGUUCAAUCUGUGCCGGUUUUUAAAGCUGCACAGAAUGUAAAUGUUAUUGGAAAAGCUGAUUUUCGAUACUCGAUUGGGUCUUCUGCAUUGUCUGCUACACUUCAUGGGGCUUCCAUUCUUUUGAGGCUUUCGAAUUCUUGGGAUUGGUUUAUUAAUCUGUCAGCUGCUGAUUAUCCACUCGUUACUCAAGAUGAUCUUCUACACAUUUUAUCAUAUCUACCCAAGGAUCUUAAUUUUGUCAACCACUCGAGCUACAUCGGUUGGAGAGAGUCAAAGAAGCUGAAACCGAUAGUUGUGGAUCCAGGGCUCUAUCUUGCAGAGGAAAGUGAAGUAUAUUAUGCCACUCAAAAACGGGAACUGCCAGAUGCUUAUCGAUUAUUCACAGGGUCAUCAUCUGCUAUAUUGAGUCGGAAGUUUACCAAGUUCUGCAUCUUAGGCUCGGAUAACCUCCCUAGAACUCUGUUAAUGUACUUGUCAAACUCACCAUCCUCAGAAUCUGUAUAUUUUCCAACCAUAUUGUGCAAUUCACGGGAAUUCAACAGGACAACAAUCAACCACAAUAUGCAGUAUGCUUCUUUUAACUCGAGAUCACAAGCUCGUCGGCUCAACUCAAGUGACUUCAAUGACCUGGUGAUGAGUAGAGCAGCAUUUGCUUCCCCAUUUAAGGCAGGUGAUCCGGUUCUUGAUAAGAUCGACCAUGAACUUCUCCACCAUAAUCGUGAUGAACCAGUGCCAGGCGGGUGGUGUUUAGGUGACACUGAAACUAACAAAUGUACCGUUUGGGGAGAUGCUGAAAUCAUAAGACCGGGUUUUGGAGCAAAAAGACUCGAGAAAUAUUUUCUUGAGCUUUUCUCUAACGGAUCAUAUUUGUCUGAUCAAUGUCAAUAUGAGAAGAGCUCCGCCUCCAGAUGAUUAACAUCUAAAUUGUACGGACUCUUCACUUUCGAUGCUGCACUUGUGUCAGAUUCUUCAAAAAUACACUACUUUUGGAGAAUCCAACACACACUCAUUGACAUCUUUGACGAGUUCGAGCAAUGUAGAUUAACAUAGCAGGGGAAGAGACAAAGAGAUGAAUACACUAUCAAAUUAGACAGAAGAUAUAACACGAGGUACUCAUCAAACCACUUGAAAUAGUAUUAAAUUGUAGUUUCAGCUAGCCAAUUCUUUCAUUGGAAGCCUAUUGUUGUACAAGUCUUUUUGGGAGUUAUCUUUUCCAUCCAGUGCCCGCUCUGCGUCAAAAAAAACUUUAGUCUUUGAUCUCUCUUUCGCAAUACAUUUUAAGGGCUAAAACUUAGCCCCGCCGAGGAAUCAUCUCCUAUGAAUCCUUACACCUUAUUGUCAUUGUUUGCCAUUGCAAUGGAAGAUCAUUGCAAUGAAGGACUAUUAUUAUCCUUUGAUGUUAAUAUUGUACUCAUUUUUUUCGCUCUCCUCGAGGCACGCGUAAACUUCGUUUUUUUUUUUGAGAAAACAUUAUUAUGUCGGAAUAUGAAUACAUGUUUGAUCAUUAA